AUGCCCAACAUUGCUACUAUCGCCAAGUUCAUUCAAAAUGAACUUGACGCCGAACGCGAGAAAGUAGCCUUGCUUCACCAACAAGGUUCUCAACAAGCAGAGUUGUUGAGAGAACAGAAUGCUCAACAGUUUGAACUGUUGAGACAGCAGCAGGCUGCUGCUGGUGGGUCGAUGCACUCGCGUCGACCCGAGAUCUUGAAGAUUGACAUCUCCAAGUAUAGGGGGGUCGAAGAGGACUCCCUCUUGAGAUGGUUCGUCGAAUUAGACGACGCCAUAAGGGCGCGUCGCAUCGACGACGGGGAUAUGCAAGUUGCUUUUGCCCAGUCAAAUCUGGCAGGAUGUGCCAAGACUUGGGCACUGGGGCUCAAGUUGCACAACCCAUAUGCGUUUGGGUCGUUGGAAGUUCUUCAAGUCGCGGCUCAGACAAACGUUUGA